AUGGCGACGGCAGCAGCGGCUGGAUCUGCGCCACCAGCAUCAUUACUAUCAGCAUCAUCCUUGUCCUCCUCACCUUCACUUUCCACCGCAGCAGCUUCCGCACUGCCAUCUUCAUCCACACCGCCAUCCUCGUUAUCAGCUACGGAAUUGAACGGUCAAGAGCAAGCAGCUCCAGACUCGUGGGAGUCGGACAAUCUGGACGAGCGGUUGAAGCAACUGCAGAUAUUCAAACCCGUGAUUGUAACGAACGGCGCUACUGGCGAGAACAACAACUCCAUUGACAGCAUCAAUGGGACCGGCACCGGCGACGAGCAGCAGCAAGCGAUGGAGACCAACCAGCUGUCAAGCCAGCAACCCGGGCUUGCGACGAAGAAUCAAUCGGCGGGUCAGCCGCAGGUGAUCGACAAGCGCUUGGAGCUCGUCGACAGCUUUCUCAGGGAGGCUCUCGCAAACCCUCGUGAUCGACUCACAAUUCUCCGCAUGGAGCAGGACGUCGAGCGGUUUAUCCGGAACCCGAACCUUCAGGUCAUGGAGUUCCAACCAAUGGCGUCGUCGUACCAUCGCGCCGCCGCGCACCGCGUCGCGCAGCACUACUCGCUACAGACGUCCGCCGCAGAUGCCGUCACGCCAAGCGGUGGCGAAUGCACUGUCGUCGUCGCGCGAAAGGUUGGCGAGCUUCGCCCGCCCGCCGUCCGCCUCGUCGAUCUCCCUCUCGGCCCGACCAGCAGCGGCGGAAGCGGCGGCGCUCCCGGCGCCGGCGCCGUGAACGGCGGCGGAGCAGGCGCAGAAGCUGCGCCAGGCCCUGGGGGGUUUAAGCUGGCAAUAAGGCGGAGGCCGAGCGGGGGAAGAGGAGGGGCUGCGGGGGAUGGAGGAGAAGGGGGAAUGGGCGGAAGUUCCGCGGACGGGGCGGAUGGCGCGGGAGUGAUCCGAUCCGUGGAGGAGCGGAAGGAGAUGUAUAACCGGGCACGAGCAAGAAUUUUCAAUACUGCCCAAGUGGAUGCUGUGGACAGCGAGGAAAGCGCGAGCAGCGCGGAAGGGGCAGGCGGAAAGGGCGAAGCGGGUGGGAAGCAGGAGAAGGAGGGGAAGGCAGUGGGGAAGACAGGUGCGGAGGCAGGCGGAAAGACAGGGGCGAAGGCAGGCGCGGACGCAGGGGGGAAGGGAAGCGGGAAGGGGAAGGGCAGUGGCGGGGAGGAAAAGGUUGGCGCGGAUAAGCAAGGGCUAACCAAGAGCUCGUCAGGCGGGCGGAAAGGGAGGAAUGUUGCUAUUCUGCGAGACAGGGAGAAGGAGAAGCAGGACCCCGACUACCAGCGCGGUUAUGAUCGGUUCUCACAGAGGUUCGACCCUGGCUUUGGUGCCCAGGCGCCUAAUCCGUACGGCAUGCAGCCAAUAUACGCUCCUGUCGUUACCUAUGCCUCCGAAUUCCCCUCGCUCUCGCCCUCUGCGCCCGCGAAUAAUGCUGCUGCUGGCAACCGAACCGGGCGUGGAGGCCCGGGUGGGGCGGGACCUGCCAGGCCUGGAGGUCCGGCGCCAGGUCCGGCACCAAACGUGUCCGUCCACGGCCCGGGGCAAUCUCCAGGCUCGGUGGGCGCUGGUUCGGCAGGGUUGAUCCAGCCAGGGUUUCCAGGGGCGGGGUUUCCACCGGGCAGUUUCCCCCCGGGCAAUCUACCCCCGGGUGGUUUACCCGUGCAUUUCCAGCAAAUUCCUACGCUUGGCCCUCCUCAUCCGCUGAACGUGUGGAGGGCACAUGCUGCUGUGGGAAUGAUGGCCAUGCAUGGCCGUGGAGUCAUGCCAAUGCCCGGACCUAUUCCCGGACCUGUUCCCGGACCUGUUCCCGGGCCUCUUCCAGGAGCUGUUCCCGGAUCUGCCCCUGGUCCGGUUCCAUACGGACUGAUCCAACCUCCCAGUUCGAUGCCAGGUUCGGCAGGUUCUCCUGGAGGGGUAGGCAUGGGAAUGACUGGUUCGACAGCAACAGCAGCAGGAAGGGGGGUAGGCCCUGGCUUUCCACCAAACCUACAGAGGGAUGGCAUCAUGGGUCCAGGAGCAAUUUCCGUUCCUGGUGUUAGUGGUUCAGUGAGACCAGACGCCGCGAGUUACGGAGGCGUACCGAAGCGGCAAGAAGUGCUGCUGCCGGAGCAAGCGGCGCUGAUCCGCGAGUCGUACGCGCGCAUCGAGAAGGACAGGAAGCAGCACGCGCUCAUCAUGUACCUCACCAUAUUCGACAUCUGCCCCGAGGCGAAGCCCCUAUUCUCCAUGGUGCGCGAGUCGAGCGAGCCCGCACCCGUCAACCCGCGCCUCGAGGCGCACGCCACACUCGCAUUCACCAUGAUGUGCGAGGCCUUCAGCAACUGGGAUGAUCCGGAGCGGAUUGCCAAGCAAACGCCAUUCUUCAAGGCGCUGGGCGGCCGGCACCUCAACUAUGGCAUUGAUGGGGACGACUUUCCCGUGAGUGGAAGUCCGUUGGCUGAAGCACACAGGCAGCGCCCUUUCUUCAAGGCUUUGGGAGGCAGGCACCUCAACUACGGCAUUGAUGGGGACGACUUUCCUCUCACAGGGCAACACCUCUCUCUAAGCCGUUGGGCGGCCGACACCUCUUUGAACCACGACGGCAUCAAGUUCAAGUUGAGAGGAUUUGACUUCAAGUUCAACCCCUCUCCCUCUUCCAAUCUCCCCCCCACCAUGCAGAUUUUCCGCACUGGCUUCAUGAAGGCUUUACAGAGAGCGUUUGGGAAGGAGUGGUUUGGGAAGGAGUGGUUUGGGAAGGAGUGGUUUGGGAAGGAGUGGUUUGGGAAGGAGUGGUUUGGGAAGGAGUGGUUUGGGAAGGAGUGGUUUGGGAAGGAGUGGUUUGGGAAGGAGUGGUUUGGGAAGGAGUGGUUUGGGAAGGAGUGGUUUGGGAAGGAGUGGUUUGGGAAGGAGUGGUUUGGGAAGGAGUGGUUUGGGGACUUGGAGGCCGCAUAG